UACUGUGUAUUUUGUAAAUUGAGAUCGUAUAGAUUGGUUUCUGAGGGCGACAUUUCGCAAUAUCAGUGUAUUUAUUUGACCCUUAUUGACUUGAACCUAGGAGUUAAGUAAAUUCGACCUAAAUUUGAUAAUUGUGAUACCUAGAGCAUUCAGUUGAUGCAAAUCUUUGGGACCGAGAGAAAGUGUUUCUGUGUGUAAUAUAAGUUCAACAAAAUAAUUUGAUUUGCUUUGAGGAAAUUCGAGAUAUUAUCAAGAUGAAUAAAGCUCUGAUCUUCCUACUAGUAACAAUAGCAGUUCUGGCGUUAACAGAAGCGAGAUCUUGUGGUUCCCGUUCACGAUGUGACCAAUGUUGUAAAAGCAGAUGUGGCAGAGGUGGCUCCGGUUCUGAUUCAUCAUCAUCCUCUGAUUCCUCAUCAUCAUCGUCAUCAUCCUCUUCCGAAGAAAAUGACAGAGGAUGCGCGUGCUGUGGAUGUUGUGAUGGCGGUAGAAGAAGACAUAAGGGUUCCUCAUCAUCUUCUUCGUCUUCUUCAUCAUCAUCUUCGUCGUCCUCAUCAUCAUCAUCAUCUUCUGAGGAAGAAGAACCACAGUGGACUUACAACUGUAUUUAUGAGGUUCAACCAACUGAUACAGUUUUACGUCGUGUGACAUCUUGCCGUCGUCAACAACCCCCUAGAGCCAAAGAAGUCGAAACAUUUCAAGACCCGAUGUGGUGGACCAAAAAGCUAAAGUUCGUGCAACAGAUAGCAACAGUCGGUCAGACAGUUGUCAGUAGUAUCAAGCAAUAGAAGUUCCAGUGUGUAAUCAAAUUGUUAUGUUAAUGUUAAACUGUGAUUAAAUGUUAUAGCGAAAAUGUGCAAUAAAAAUGUUUGCCUAUUU